CUUUCAUCAGGAUUUUUGUAAUUCCUAAUCUACCGACUUAGUAUGGUUUACACUACUAUAUUAGAGUGCACUAGUUGCAUAAAUAUGAACAUGUGAGUGAAAAUAACUCCUGUCGGUUGACUUUUCCUAUGGUGCCUAGUAUUAAAAAAAAACGAAACGAGGGCCCGUUAAUGGCAUAGUUUAGAGCCAACUCUGCCUUUAAUUAAUCUGCUAAAGUAGAGCGUAUCAACUUUACUUACACAGAUAAAUCCCGUAUAGAAUCCUCUGUCGAUAAUACUAUAUCUGUGUGUAGGCGGAGGAGGAGAAUGAGUCAACUUACAGCUGGAAAAUAAACCAAAUUCUUUAUUACAAAGUUGAUGCUUUUGUAAUGAAUAACUCAGCAAAUAAAACGUUAGAUUGUUAUCCAACAAACAGUAAUGAUUAAUUUCACUUCAGUACAAAACAAAAAAAAUUAAAAAAAUGCUUAAUUAUAAAGGGAUUCAAUCUUUAAACUCUAUUUAAUUUUAAACUUUUGUAUGUUUACUUCGCUCUUUUUGUUACCCUUUCUUAUUGACACUUUGCUAUACUUUUCACCAAGUAAACAUAGAAAAAUUUGUGUAAAUCAUAAGCGGACACAUGGAUCUAAAUGAACUUCUCGUGAAUACGACAACAUCUGCUGAAGACGGUGGGGCCAGUAGUGAAAUAUGGAUAAGGGGUAAGCAUAAGCGGAAAAGGCCCUCUCAGGAAGCCCAUGUCAGCGGUUCUAAUCACCACGAACCUGCAAAGAUGAGUCGCCAAAAUAUCACAGAGGAAGAUAGGAAGCCUGCCAUGCCGGAAAAAACGCGUGAAUGGGGAGGAAAUUUCGUAUCCUCCGCGCCUGUCGGCUCGAGCUCGCGGAACGGUGCGCUUAGUAGUUCGAUCCUGGCUCGUUUAGUGAUUGACUACGUUUUUGCUAGGGAACUCGGUGGACGCCACGGUAUGUGGAGCGUGCAAAACAAAAUUUCCGGCAUUCACGGUCGGGAUGAAGAGCAGAUAGCAUCCCAGCUUGCGGCCGAACGCGCGUGCGGCUCCAGCAUGGCAUCCCGUGCCGUGAUUCAUCACCUCCCGAUCUUUCAUUCGAUAGGUGGACUUCGAAGUAGUGUGAAAUGGGAGAAUUACCCGGACGCCGUGGUGAAGUAUCGCCUAACCCUGCAAAUGUGUGAUAUUCGACGGGACUUAAUCGGUGGCGUGACUGCCGAGCACACACCGCAUUUCCGAAACUUUGCGCUGCGCAUCCUGGAGGCUGCUCUGGAAGGUCAGACCCCACAAAACGAACCAACGCAAGGAAACGAUGAGGCCUCACCGGGUAGUAGUCCUCUGUUUGAAAAGAGCGACCUGUCUCGAAACGAUAGACAAAAUAAGUUCAACGAAGUUCAACUGUCGUUUCAAACCGAGAGUCGAUCUUCAAAAGAUGAAAAGGGCACUCAGGCGUUCGUCCUGGAUGAUUUUCUAAACUCUUCUUCCGUGUCUUCGGAAACGGACUAA